GCAGGCUCUUUUAGGAAAUGCUACUGAAGCUAUGAGGGAGUCAAGGGUGCAUGAUAUUCUGAAUGCGAUGACAGCAUUGUCAUAUAAGAAGUUGGACUUUGAAGAGUUUUGUGCUGCUGCAAUCAGCACAUAUCAAUUGGAGGCUCUCGAGGAAUGGGAGCAGAUUGCAGCCGUGGCAUUCCAGCAUUUUGAGCAAGAGGGAAAUCGGCAUGUUUCCGUAGAGGAAUUGGCUAGGGUGGGUAUCUUUAUAUUACCAUAGCUGUUAGUAUUCAACAAA